AAAAUAAAAGACGACGAAGAAGAAACGUAAAUCGUCACAAUUCAAAACAAUACUGGAAGUUAACUGUACCGUGUGUUGGCGUGUUUAUUCAAUUUAAAUAUGUCUCAAACUAAUCCAGACAAGGACAGCCCAGCGUCAGAAGCCAAAAAGACCAUCUCACUCCCGACCUCCAGAGUGCGGCUCAUCAUGAAGAGCUCCCCGGAUGUCUCCAGCAUUAAUCAGGACGCUCUUUUCCUCACCACCAAGGCUACUGAGCUGUUUGUGGAGCAUCUGGCUCUGACCUCCUUUACGAACGGCUCCGGGAGGGAAGCUAACACCCUGGACUACAGCGACCUGGCUAAAACUGCAGAGGAGACCGACAUUUUCCACUUCCUCACAGAUAUUUUGCCAAAAAAGAUCUUGGCUCGAGAUUAUCUGGACUCUUUGGAGCAACUGCAAGACGAAGACGCUGAUUUCUGAUCAGGAGAGGAUUUCUUUCCCCAUGUGGACACUUUAUUACACAUACACUGCUCUCAUUGGGAGGAAAAGUGACUGUCAGAGGAGGCACAUGGACUUCAUCAGUACUUUUGGUUCAUGUAGAGAUUUUAGGAAAAAAGUGUUUAAAGAAAAUGGAACUAUAAGUACACCAAAAAAAUUAAAUUAUGUCCCUGAAGUCAACUAUGAUUACACACACACACCACACAGAGAUACACACACUCCAUGGGGGAUGCAGGGGAUCAAUAAUUGCAACCAAAUAAAAUUUUUAACACUGCUCCAAAGAAAAAGGGUGUUGGAUGAGUCAUUAGUGUGUGACUCCCUUUUGGUUUUAUUAGGAAUGGAUUCCGGUUACAAAAACAAUGUGUCUUUGCUUUGGCUAAAGUGUUCCUUUAACUGCUUUACUGAUUGUUAUGUUAAAACCUUCAACUUUAAUCUAGGUAAUUUGGAUUUUUUAUGAUAAACCAACAGAAAGUGGCGCAUAAUUGUGAAGGGGAAAGAUGGUGACACAGGGAUUUCAAAUUUUCUUUUUACAAAUGAAAUAUGAAAAGCGUGACAUGUAUGUAUUCUGCCCUGCUGUGUAAAUACUUUGUAAAACCACCUUUUAUUGCACUUACUACUGCAAGUCUUUUGGUGUAUAUUUCCAUCAGUGUUGCCUAUGUGGAGACACAAGAAUUUGCUUCUUUUUCUUCACGAAAUAGCUGAAGCCCUGUCAGAUUGGAAGGAGAGCAUCUGUGAAGUUCAGUUUUCUGGUCUUGCCACAAAUUCCCAAUUAGAUUUCAGUCUGGACUUUGACUGGGCCAUUCUAACACAAAAGCAGACUUUGAUCUUAAUUCAAAUGUAGCUUUGUCUGUGUAUUUAGGAUUGUUUUCCUGCUGGAAAGUAAACCUCCGCUCCAAUCACAAGUCUGUAGCAGCCUCUAACAGAUUUUCUUCCGCUGUAUUUAGCUCCGUCCAUCUUCCUGUCAAGUCUAACCAGCUUCUCCAUCCCUGCUGAAGAAGAGCAUCCUCUCAGCAUGAUGGUGACACCACUAGGGCUGUAAAAUUUAUCAUUAAUUUGUUAUCUGAAAAUAUUGUAUGCAAUAUAGAUAUUACAAAGAA